AUGGACAAGAAUACGACAAAAUGUGAAGUAUGUAAAUUGUAUGACUCAGAUCAUCAGUACUGUAGGACAUGUGAUAAAAAACUGUGUACAAGUCAAAUAAUCCAGCAUUUCUCAAAGGAUGUGCCUGGCGAACAUAGAAUGGUCAAUUUUUCAGUGAGAAGGGUGUACCCAAAGUAUCCAAAAUGCAAAAUCCAUUCCAACAAGAAUUGCAAAAAGCUUUGCGAGACUUGUCAUGACCCCAUUUGUUCUAACUGCAUUGCAGCAGGGGAACACAAAAACCACAAGACUGUAGAGAUUCUAGAUCUCUUUACGCCCCAAACAACAACUAUGAUUAAGGAUAAAGAUGAACUGCAAAAUACUUUUAUUCCUCAAUGUAAUGCGCUUGUGACUAAAGCAGAAAAAGAGAUAGGCAAUUUGGAAGAUGACUAUGAAGAGAUUUUGAAAUCCAUUGCAAAACAGGAAGGCGAGUGGAUUUGUGCAAUCAAAAAUGUAGCAACAGAAUACAAAACCAAUGUAACAAAGAACAGAAUGAAACAUACAACAAUACUCAACGAGAUCAAGAAAGACACAGAAAACUUAGUUUUACAAGCCGAAGAAGCAAUGGAUAACGUUACAGCUAUACUAACCGCCAAUGAUGUAGCUAUGUCAAUGGAUUACAAAUCUAGAAAUUUGGAGCUCUCAGAUUCUUUAGAGAAAUCGAAAUCCAUCGACUUCACCGAAAUGAGGAGGACCUAUUUCCCCAUAUUUUCCCCGAGAUGUCCACACAGAGUUGAAGUAUUUGAAUUAUUUGGUUCUCUAUCGACCUACCGACUACAAGAAGCAUUGUUUGAAAAAACAGAGAAUGUUGCUCAGGUUGCAACAUCACAACAAAACAAUAUCCAUCAAGACAUCAUUGAGAAAUCAGAAGAAAGAAACAGAGAAACUGAGACCAAAACGGAUGAGCAUCCGAAAAAAGAACGGAAGAAACAGCCAAUACAGUCAGAUGUCGAGGAGGAGCAUUUCCAUAAAUGUUCACUGAGAGACACGUCUUCUACAGCAGAAUCCUCCUCCUCAGAGGUAGAAACAACAAAAUCAGCAACAGAAAAGACAGCGACAUGCACGUCUCCAUUAUCAACAUCAUCAUCCACAUCGGCGGAAACAACAAAACCAACGAUGACGACAGCAAAGACAACAACAUACAUGUCAUCUACAUCAUCAUCCAAAGCGGCAGAAACAACAAAAUCAACAAUAACAACCGCAAUGACAACCAAAUACUUGAAACAGGUGGAUGAUCCUGCAAUUGUCCCCAAAGAUCGUGUUGGGUCAAGAUGCUACGAAGUUUUGUGCGAAUUUGAUGCCCAUGAUGGUGAUGUGAAUGCCAUUUGCUGGAGCCCUUCAGGGUCCCAAUUUGCCACAGGGGGUGGAGACAAAACAGUAAAGCUGUGGCAAAUCAAUGAAGCGGGAAGAUGCAGGUGUACAGAAACCUUAACAGGAAGCAAUGCUGGUAUCAUGUCUCUGGAUUUUAACCUUAAGGAAACGUUGAUAGUUGGAGCUUCAACUGAUGGCGCAAGUCGAGUUUGGGGUCUCAAUGAUUACUUACUGAAGCAAGCUUUUACUGGUCAUUGUGAUAAAGUGCUUGCAGCCAAAUUCUUGGCAGACAGUCAAAAAAUUGUCUCUGGAAGUUAUGAUAGGACACUAAAAAUAUGGGACUUACAACACGGCUCUUGUAUAAACACGAUGAAUGCUGUUUCAAGGUGUAAUGACCUUGUGACAAUUGAUGGGACAAACAUUCUCAGUGGACAUGUUGACCAUAGAUUAAGAUUCUGGGACUGUCGUACAGACAAACCCACCAACGAAGUGUUGCUUCAGGAAAAAAUAACUUCUCUGGACAUAUCCACAGACAAAAUGAGUGUGCUGUGUUGUACCAGAAAUGAUACUUUAGAAGUGUUAGACCUGAGAAAGAACCAGAUAGUAACCACACUAGAACAUGACGACUUUAGAGUUCACUGUGAUUGGUCAAGAGCAGUAUUCAGCGCAGACACUUCCGGUGCAGUGACAGGGUCAAGUAAUGGUGCAGUGUUUAUCUUUAAUAUCAAAACAGGAAAAGUUGAAGAUAUCCUGCAAAAACAUACGAAUCCAGUGGUGGCUUGUUCCUGGCGAAAUUCUUUGCUAUUGACCUGUGAGAAAUUACGUAAAAUUAUUUUAUGGACAACUGUCAUUCAUUAGAAAAAUAUCUACAUUUUCUGAAUGCAGACAUCUUUAUUAUUUAGAGAAAAUGAACACAAAUGAAUAAGAAGGAUA